GAGUAAUUUUUAACAUAUUUUAGGUUAUUAGGCGGCGUUUCAUCCAUAUCUGACAUCCAGCACUGGGUUGGAGUAGGAGCAAGCAUGGCUUCCUUGCUCGGCAGUGUCGCAGCGUUCACCACACUCUCCUCCACCGCUCGAGUACAUGAUUUAGCUCUCUUCAGAGAACCUCGACAGCAGCCUUCACAUUCUUUUCAUUCGAAUCGCUCCUCCGCUCUCUGCAGCUUUGCUUCCCUUUCUCUCCGACCCCUCUUUCCCCCUGUUCCUCUUCGUUCUUCCAGAUGGAACCCGCCGGCAGCGGAGGCGGAGGACGUAAUUCCGGUGGAGGAGUCUCCGGCGCCGGAUCCCGUCGAAGCUCAGAUAGAGGCUGCUGCUGCCAGCUCUACUCGUAAGGGUGAGGAUGUCUUUGCAGUUGUGAUGAUUGGCUCAAGGCAGUACAUUGUCAUUCCUGGAAGGUUUAUCUACACGCAGCGGCUGAAGGGUGCCAAUGUUAAUGACAAGGUCAUACUAAGCAAAGUCUUGUUAGUUGGAACCCCAAAAAAAGCAUAUAUUGGGCAACCAGUUGUAACCAAUGCUGUAGUCCAAGCGGUGGUGGAAGAGCAGGGACUGGAUAAGAAAGUUAUUGUUUUCAAGUAUAAGAAGAAGAAGAACUACCGAAGAAAUAUAGGACACCGGCAGCCUAACACAAGGAUAAGGAUCACCGGCAUCUCUGGGUAUGAAGACUUCCCUGCUGACACCAUGCCAGAGCCAGAAGAGGCAGUUGCAGCGUAAGUUUGUGCUACAAAGUUUGAUCCUGUUGUUAAUUAUGUUUUGAAAUUUCCUGUGAAGUGCUGCCCAACAAUUAUUUCUUGUCUGAUAGUAUAAAGUUUAAUUCAUCUCCUGAGAAGUACUUUCCCAGAAAUUUCUCUUUUUUUUUUUUUGUUUUUUUGUUUUCUGGGAAAACUUGCACAGAAAGUUCUCAUUCUUCUCUAGUGUAGGAGAAAUUAUUAUGUCCGGAUAAAAAAUUGAAAAUUCGGACGAAUACCGAGCAAUACCGAGUUUGUACCGAGCACGGUAUUGAGCGCCCAAGUGACGUGGUGCUUUGUUAUUGUUCGCUGGACGCGUUCGGUGUCCGGACACAAUAAUUACUCCUAAUGUAGUGGUAAAAUCCGCCUCCCAUUCUAUAUAUACCAACAUUUUGAAAAUGUUACACUUUCCAAUUCGCCUAUAUCUAUAAUCUGUUGAACGCCA